GUUAAAUUUUUCUUCCGUGGGAUAUCUAGCAAAUGUCUAGCGACAUUUCGUCGAUAAAACCUGUUUUAAUUCUCUCCUUUUCGAUUUGAUUGUGACAAUGGCCGAUCCUAAAUUGGAUUUAAAGGCGCUUCUUUUUCGUUUUGAUUUGUUUGGUUCCUUUCUUCACCUGACGAAACAGCUUCGAACUUUCUCUCUAUUUUUUUAUUGGGUAGAGAAACAGCUUAGAACUAUACCGGCGGAGCCAAGCCUCGCCCCUGAUUUUUUGCUGCCACCAAACUUCACGCAUGCGUCGUCCCCAUCUCCAAUCCAUCAAAUCCGACUAUUAAAUGAACCAAAAGUACUCCAAUGAUUAGUACUACUAGUCAACACUCCAGUGCUUAUCCAUAAUUCUCUGUGGAAAAAAAGCUACUGAAAGUAAAUAGAGCUGGAAAGCUCGUGAUAAAUUUCUCUCCUUUUAACCCUUUUUUCCUUAGGCCGCCAGUAAUGCAUCGCAUUUAACGCGUGUGAUUUUGAUUUUACUGAAUCUAUUAAACGCCGCACAUCUUCCUCCCUUCAUCCCCUCUUUAAAACCCUCUCAAAACCGGGUCUUCGGUGGCAUGACACCAACACCCAAAGAAACAGAGCACUCUGUUUUCCUCUCUAUCCCCCCGUCCCAACUCCAGAAGCCUCAAAUGGCGUCGUCCUCACUCUGUCUCUUCGUCCUUCUCCUGUUCAUCGCCCACCACUCCUCCAUCACAUCCUCCGCCCCCGUCUUCCUCCCCCUCACCAACUCCCUCUCCACCUCCCGAUUCAAUUCCACCCACCACCUCCUCCUCAAGUCCGCCUCCGCCCGCUCCGCCGCCCGCCUCCGCCACCACCGCCUCGGCCACCACCUCUCCCGCCGCGGCCGCCGCCAGGUCUCCCUCCCUCUGUCCCCGGGCAGCGACUACACCCUCAGCUUCACCCUCGACUCCCACCCUCCCCAGUCCGUCUCCCUCUUCAUGGACACCGGCAGCGACCUCGUCUGGUUCCCUUGCGCUCCUUUCGACUGCAUCCUCUGCGAGGGCAAGCCCAACCCCAACGGCCGCCACCCCGCCGUUGCCCUCAACCUCUCCUCCACCUCCGCCGUCUCUUGCAAGUCCCCUGCAUGCGCGGCCGCCCACUCCUCUCUCUCCUCCUCCGACCUCUGUGCUGCUGCUCGCUGCCCGCUUGAGUCCAUCGAAAUUUCCGACUGCGCCUCCUUCUCUUGCCCACAGUUUUACUACGCCUACGGCGACGGCAGCUUCGUUGCCACCCUGUAUCGCCACUCCGUUUCCAUCCCGACGUCUCCUCCUGCAUUGGUCCUUCGUAAUUUCACCUUCGGGUGUGCCCACUCAGCCCUUGGAGAGCCGGUCGGAGUCGCCGGGUUCGGCCGCGGCUCCCUCUCUUUGCCGGCUCAGCUAGCGCGCCUGUCGCCCCAGUUGGGCAACCGGUUUUCUUAUUGUUUGGUGUCUCACUCUUUCGAGCCGGACCGAGUUCGCCGGCCGAGCCCCCUCAUCCUAGGGCGGAAGGAGAAAGUGUUCGGUAACGAGGAGGCGGAGUUCGUGUACACCGAGAUGCUCGACAACCUGAAGCAUCCAUACUUCUACUGCGUCGGGCUGCAGGGGAUAUCCGUGGGCCGGAAGCAUAUUCCGGCGGCGGAGAAUUUGAAGGCUGUGGACGGCCGCGGGAAUGGCGGGAUGGUGGUCGACUCGGGGACGACGUUCACCAUGCUGCCUGCGGGCCUGUACGGCUCUGUGGUUGCCGAGUUCGAGCGGCGGCUCGGCCAAGUCCAUAAGCGGGCGACCGAAAUAGAAGACAAGACGGGGCUGAGCCCGUGCUACUACUUCGACAACGACACGAUCGCGAGCGUGCCUACUGUUACAUUGCAUUUCGUGGGGCGGGGGUCCAGCGUGGUGCUUCCCAGGAGGAAUUAUUUCUACGACUUCAUGGACGGCGGCAACGGCGGCGGGAGGCGGUCGCGAGUGGGGUGCUUGAUGCUGAUGAACGGCGGGGAUGAGGCCGAGGCGGAAGGCGGGCCAGUGGCCAUCCUGGGGAAUUAUCAGCAGCAGGGUUUUGAGGUGGUUUAUGACCUGGAGAAGCGAAGGGUUGGGUUUGCCCGACGGCGCUGCACGUCCCUGUGGGACAGCCUCAACCAACACUAGCCACACGGCUGCAUCGACGUUCGGUCAUCCACGGUCGCCGCCGGUCAGGGUCAUUUGAUCCCGGGACGAGUAUGAUAACUUACUCGUUUUGAGCGUUCCGAAACCGGGGGGGAGGGGUGAAAUGUGAAGUUAUUGUAAAGUUUUUGCAAUGUACAGCUUCCGUUUGGUACGGCAGUGAAGGAAUCGUUAAUCAAAGUCGGUGAAUAUUUCAUAUCGGAAUCAACCAGAUAAGUGCAAUAAAAUCGAUCGAAUUCUCUUUAGCCUGAGAAAAGACACACUCCGAUACAUCGGGAUCGCGCCGGGC